AUUGUAAAACUAGCCGUCAUCAAUUAUUUUCCCCAGUUUCUUUUUUCGAUUGCAUCUUCUCGACUUCCCCGAAUUUUAUUCACUAAUCUGCCGCAUCGAUUUUCGUCUUCUUUCUUCCCAGCUUGUUUCACAAACCCCUAUUUCUACAUCUUCCCUCACUAUUUCUCUCUGAUUUCACUUAACCCCAAUGGAUCUACUGCAAUCAUACAAAGAUACCGACAUGGAAGACGACACUUUAUCGCCUCACGCUCCGGCAUCUGAACCCGAUCCAUCUCCCGAUUCUUCCCCGGUGCGGGCAAUCCCGGCCAAAUCCGCCGCCCCUAAAGUUGACGAUACAAUGCUCUCACUUACCGUAGCCGGGAAGGCCCAGUUUCAUGCGCAGAAGCCAAUCGACCCGACCCAGCACCUCGUCUCCUUCAACCCCACCUACGACCAGCUAUGGGCUCCAAUCGUCGGCCCCUCUCAUCCGUACGCCAAGGAUGGCCUAGCGCAGGGCCUCCGCAAUCACAAGCUAGGGUUUGUGGAGAAUGCGAAUAUCGAACCGUUUGUGUUUGAUGAGCAGUACAAUACUUUCUACAAGUUCGGCUACGCGGCAGAUCCAUCGGAGAACAAUUACGUUGGUGAUGUGGAAGGGUUUAAGACCAACGACGGGAUUUCGGUGUAUAAUAUUCCGCAGCACGAGCAGAAGAAGAGGAAAUUGGAGAAGAAGAAGGAGAUGCUGAAAGAGAAUGAGGAGAGCGGUGAGGUGGAUUCUACGGAGCUGGAGAAUCCUUCAACGGAUACCUGGUUGAUGAGGAACAGGAAGAGUCCGUGGGCGGGGAAAAGGGAUUGGGUGCAGGGUGAGUUGACCGAGGAGCAGAAGAAGUAUGCUGAAGAGCACGCCAAGAAGAAGGGAGAGAAGGAGGGAGGUGAGAGGGAGAAAGGAGAAGCACAUGUCGACAAAUCUACUUUCCAUGGGAAAGAGGACAAAGAUUAUCAAGGGCGGUCGUGGAUUGCGCCUCCUAAGGAUGCCAAAGCGAGUAACAAUCAUUGUUAUAUACCCAAGAGAUUAGUGCAUACUUGGAGUGGACAUACCAAGGGGGUUUCAGCUAUUAGGUUCUUCCCCAAUCAUGGUCACUUGAUAUUGUCUGCUGGGAUGGACACAAAGGUCAAAAUUUGGGACGUUUUCAAUUCCGGUAAAUGUAUGAGAACCUACAUGGGGCAUGGCAAGGCUGUGCGAGAUAUAUGGUUUAAUAAUGAUGGGUCCAAGUUUUUGAGUGCUGGUUAUGAUAAGAAUAUCAAGUAUUGGGAUACUGAGACGGGGCAAGUGAUAUCGACCUUUUCAACUGGCAAAAUUCCAUAUGUAGUGAGGCUUAACCCAGAUGAGGAUAAGCAGAAUGUUUUGCUUGCAGGAAUGAGUGAUAAGAAGAUUGUUCAGUGGGAUAUAAACAGCGGGCAGAUCACACAGGAGUAUGAUCAGCAUCUAGGGGCAGUGAAUACAAUUACUUUUGUGGAUAACAAUAGGAGGUUCGUUACUUCAAGUGAUGAUAAGUCCCUGCGUGUAUGGGAGUUUGGGAUCCCUGUGGUGAUCAAGUAUAUCAGUGAACCCCAUAUGCAUUCAAUGCCCUCGAUUUCUUUGCAUCCGAAUUCCAAUUGGCUGGCCUGCCAGAGUUUGGAUAACCAGAUACUUAUAUACAGUACACGGGAGAGAUUCCAACUCAAUAAGAAGAAGAGAUUUGCUGGGCAUAUUGUGGCUGGGUAUGCUUGUCAGGUUAACUUUUCACCUGAUGGACGGUUUGUCAUGUCUGGAGAUGGUGAGGGUAGAUGCUGGUUUUGGGAUUGGAAGAGUUGCAAAGUAUUUAGAACUCUCAAAUGCCACGAUGGAGUUUGUAUUGGUGCUGCAUGGCAUCCGCUGGAACAAAGUAAAGUUGCUACCUGUGGCUGGGAUGGAUUGAUCAAAUACUGGGAUUAAAUUGCAUGUGAGAGAGAUUGGGUUGGUUGAUCGAUAUCCCCAGAAGCAGAUGGUAGGAGGGAGGGCUACAAAGACAAGUUCCACAAAGAAGCUGCCAAAAGCAAUGUGUUGUAGUACUACCCAAUGGAUCCUCCUACAAGAGAGACACUCAUGUAAUUUAUUUAUGCCUUUUCCAGUUGUCCAGAACAUUGAGAUGUAAUAUCUUGUUUUCGUCAUGUAUACGACCUUACUAUCGCACAAGUUAGUUCUAGGUGCGAUAAGCCAACUCUUUAAGUUGUAUUGUCAAGUAACCAAGCAAUAGCGCUUACAUUCAAGAUUAUACUCUGAUACUCUUUAAGUUGGAGUACUAUUUUCAAGUAACUAAA